AGCGUGUUAUUGGCGUGAAAACAAGAUGGCUGCGGAAAGAACCGUGGGCUUGAGGUUCCGCACCGAAUACAAAGGUAUUACGAGCGCGAAUUAAGACUCCCCCACUAUUAGGCUAACCGCGGCACAGGUUGUGGCUGAGCUGUAAGGUGGAAGAAGCGUAUAGUGUCUCAUGGGCACCUUUCCCCAACGAGAAUGCUAGUUGGCCGCUAGUAUGCCAGCAUAUUCCGCGACGGUUAGAACCUGGCGUUAUUCAUAACCAAAUUUGCAUCCAUGUCAACAUUGAAGAUACUUAUUAUUUGACACCAAGUGUUUAGUCCUCGAUUGUAUUGUCGGACCAUGACAAGUGCAAUCAUGAUCACCAAUCUCAUUCAUCUCGAACGUUGUUGACGUCAUUGACGUAUUCCAAUGUGCUGCGAGAUAUCACAGAGUGUGUUUUUGUACCAGUGAGGUUUGGCCGAGUUGUCCAACAAUCAAAUUGCCAUCAAGGCAACUUGACGACGAAUCAAAUUAAACCUUUUAACGAUGCGUCACAAUAACGGAUACUUAGUGCAUAAUAGCAGUGAUGCACAGCGUAGUUACUCAACUGACGGUGAAGAGAGUCAUCGAGCUACCUCCGUGCGAACUUCUUCUGAAUAUGCUAUCGCCCACAAGCCGAACUCUGUGAUUAAAAUCGUUGUACCUUCACGAAAAAGUCGCAGGUCGACACAUGACAGGGAGCACGAUAAACGAGUGCACGUUUCAAGAAACGGCCGUGGCUCAGACUUAUCUAGAGACUCGCCACCAAAUGGCAAUCGCCACAAUCCAUCCAACAAUGGAUCUGAAACCAAUGUACCCAUUUUUAUCACCAAUACCACCUAUAGAACCACUCCAGACCUCAGUCGAGGAUCACGUCACAGUCCGGUAUCUAGCUCGAGAGUAGACGACAGAGCGCCCAGUCAUUACAGCUAUGGAUCUGCAAGAUCAGGCGGAUCAACUGUGAAGACUAAAACCUCCCGGCAUGGAGGAAUUAUCAUAGAAACAAUGUCGACACCCAAUCCUUUCUGUCCGAACACCAAGGGAAUGUGUUGUCUCAUGUUGCUCAUCAACCUCGGACUUAUCCUUGUCACUCUCGGCUUUGUUAUAGUUAUUCAAUUAUUCCAGCCGCUCAUUGUCUGGAUCCUGGGCAUAGUCUUUCUCAUCUUCGGGUUCAUGACACUCAUAGGUAGUUUAAUCUAUUGUGUACAUGUCUUUAGGAAUGCUAAACAUCCCAGUGAAUUAAAUCCUGAAGAUUUAUACUGGACGCGCUAUUGGCAAGGUCAUGUAGGCUCUGCGCCGGAGAUUCACUACAAGGCUGAAGAAAAAUAUCCUGAUGACGGUGGCAGCGAUCGGUACAGCAAAUACUCCGCCAAUUAUUCAGACCGUCGUAGUCAUCGAUAUUAAUGAAUUUCUUGUUCAUUUACAACUUUUCAUUAUUGAUG